AAAAUGAACGAAACGAAAACCUUUUCCUCGAAGGAGGAGAAGAACUUGUCCGACUAUCAACGCCGCCGCAUCGAGGAAAACCGUCAAAAAGCGAUCAAUCUCCGGCAGGCCCGGCUCCUAACGCACCCAUACAAUUCCGACAAGAAAACGGCGGAAACGGCCGUCUCGGUAAACAACGUGAUUAAAGUAUCCGGCACAAAGUACGUCGACAGUGGCGGUGGUUUUCUGAUUGAACAACGAGCUAAUCCGGUAGAGAAAGAAACUGACGAGGAAACUGGACCCGUCCCGGAAUCGGAUGCCGUUCCAGUACCGGUGGAAUACGAUGAAUGUUUGGAGUGUGGUGAUCGGUUUGCCGAUUCCUAUCUACUGAGCACAUUCGACUAUUCUGUGUGCGAUGCGUGUCGAGAACCGGACGGUCAACAUUCGCUCAUCACGCGUACCGAGGCGAAACAGGAAUAUCUGCUGAAGGAUUGCGAUUUGGACCGGCGUGAGCCAGUGUUGAAAUACAUUAGCCGUAAAAAUCCGCACAAUGUGCGAUGGGGCGAGAUGAAGCUGUACUUGCACCUGCAGAUCGAAAAGCGCGCGCUGGAAGUUUGGGGCACCGAGGAGAAUCUUAUGAAGGAGAAGGAAGAACGGGAGGAAAAGCGCGAAGUGGCGAAAGUGAAGAAGUACAACAAACGGUUGAAAGAGCUGCGGAUGGACGUGAGAAGCAGUUUGUAUGAUAAAACAGUUCAGGCACAUGUUCAUUCGUACGGCGAGUCGGAGGUGUACAACGAGGUGGACGAUACAUACACACGAACCUGCGAGUCUUGUGGACAUUCGGAAACGUACGAGAAAAUGUAGACAGGUGCUCCGAUCUCCAAUCAUCUAAUGUUUAAAGCUACUAGCGCCUAUGGGAUUAGAUUUACGCUCUUGAAAAUUUGUAUUGUUAACGUUUCUCUUGAAAUUAUCAUUAAAACAGAUAAUUUUAGUUCCUCCGG